CAUCACCAUCUCACUGUCAUUCUCAGUACCACCAUGCUGCCCUCAGGGCUGCUCCUGGUGGCUUUGCUGGCCUGCCUCACUACAAUGGUCUUGAUGUCUGUCUGGCAGCAAAGGAAGUGCUGGGGAAAGCUCCCUCCUGGCCCACCCGCAUUGCCUUUCAUCGGGAACUACCUGCAGCUGAACACAGCACAGAUGUACAACUCUCUCAUGAAGAUCAGGGAGCGCUAUGGUCCAGUGUUCACAGUCCACCUGGGCCCACGGGUGGUGGUAGUUCUGUGUGGCCAGGAGGCAGUGAAGGAGGCUCUGGUGGACCAGGCAGAGAAAUUCAGUGGGCGAGGCGAGCAGGCCACCUUCGAAUGGAUAUGCAAAGGCUACGGCGUGGCUUUCAGCAACGGGGAGCGGGCCAAGCAGCUCCGGCAUUUCUCCAUCACCACGCUGCGGGACUUCGGAGUGGGCAAGCGGGGCAUUGAAGAGCGAAUCCAGGAGGAGGCAGGCUUCCUCCUUGAGGCCCUUCAGGCCACACGUGGCGCCCUCAUAGACCCCACCUUCUUCCUGAGCCGAACUGUCUCCAAUGUCAUCAGCUCCAUUGUGUUUGGGGACCGCUUUGACUAUGAGGACAAAGAGUUCCUGUCACUGCUGCACAUGAUGCUGGAAAGCUUCCAGUUCACAGCUACGUCUAUGGGGCAGCUAUAUGAAAUGUUCCACUCAGUGAUGAAACACCUGCCAGGGCCACAGCAACAGGCAUUUAAGGCACUUCAGGGUCUGGAGGACUUUAUAGCCAAGAAGGUGGAGCAGAACCAACGCACGCUGGAUCCCAACACCCCACGGGACUUUAUUGACUCCUUCCUCAUCCGCAUGCAGGAGGAACAGAAGAACCCCAACACAGAGUUCUACUUGAAGAACCUGGUGAUGACCACACUUAACCUUUUCUUUGCUGGCACCGAGACGGUCAGCACAACUCUGCGAUAUGGCUUCCUCUUGCUCAUGAAGCACCCAGAUGUGGCAGCCAAGGUCCAUGAAGAGAUUGACCAGGUGAUUGGCAAGAACCGUCAGCCCAAGUUCAAAGACCGAGCCAAGAUGCCCUACACAGAGGCAGUAAUCCACGAGAUCCAAAGAUUCGGAGAUGUGCUCCCCAUGGGCCUGCCCCAUAGAGUCACCAAGGACACCAAGUUUCGAAACUUCCUGCUCCCCAAGGGCACCGAAGUGUUUCCAAUGCUGGGCUCUGUGCUGAAGGACCCCAAGUUUUUCUCCAACCCUCUUGAUUUCAACCCCCAGCACUUCCUAGAUGAGAAGGGGCAGUUUAAGAAGAAUGAUGCGUUUGUGCCCUUCUCCAUCGGAAAGCGGUACUGUUUUGGAGAAGGCCUGGCUAGAAUGGAGCUCUUCCUCUUCCUUACCACCAUCAUGCAGAACUUCUACUUUAAGUUCCAGCAGUCACCCCAAGAUAUUGAUGUGUCCCCCAAACAUGUGGGCUUUGCCACCAUCCCACCAAACUACACCAUGAGCUUCCUGCCCCGCUGAGCUAGAGCUGCCACUGUCCCUGACCAAAUACCCAGGGCUAGUGGGAGGAGAAAACAGGUGAAGAGGGGUGGCCUGGGUGGGGCUAGCAGUAGGGGUCUAGCUAAGAAUGGUCGGCAGAGGGCUGGAGGAAAGGAAGGUGGAUAGGAGAGGAAGAAAAACUGGUGGGCUCUCUGUUCACCUUGCUAGAGAUUGAGCCUUCAGAGCUGGGAUGAAAGGAAGGAAAACCUUAUACUAUACCAUGAAUGAUAAUAAUAACAAUAGCAAUUAGUUAAUAAGCAUGUAAUCUGUGUCAGCUCUAUGAACAAAUCAUUACCCACUCGAACCCCUUGAUGCUCACAAACCUGUGAAACAGGAACUGUGCUUGUGCCCAUAUUAUGGGAGAUACAGCUGACAUUCAGAAAGUCUCUGUCUGAGAUCUGACAGAACACAAUAAAUGCUCAGCAAGUACUUGAACUCUGAUCCACACAGGGAGGGCUGUCCUAAGCCAACCAAACUUUGGGUAGGUUCUUAAAAACAAGAAGGUCCUUAUGUUUCAGAGUAUUUACCUCCCACAGUUUUCAAGGGUCACACUAAGUAGAAGGAGCCUCCAUAACACAGGUAUGUCUUAAGAGCAUUCUGAGGUAGGUCACUCCCAUUGGAUCAAUUUAAAUAUCCUCUCAGAAAAUUCUCCCUCCCAUGGUAUCUUCACCCACCCCCACCCAACUCAUAAGCCAUUCAACAAAUUUAAGAGUCAUUCCCAGUUUUCACUGAACCCUUUACUUUUGUCAGCCUGUGAUAGGUGAUGUUGAGGACAUAGGGGUGACCAAGACAGUCCUGGGCCCUGACCUUAUGCAGCUUUCACUCUAGAGGGGAGACAGACCAGUCACAAGGCAGUGACAGCUCAGAAUGUAUAGUCCUGGAAUGAGAAGGCACAGGCAGAGAGGUCAGCUUGGGAUAAUGGAGCACAGACAAAAGGGUCAGUGCAAGGAUCAGGGGCAUAGGCAGCAGGCUCAAGGUGGGAAGGGAAGGCACAGGUAGAAGGCUCAGGGAUUGGGUGGGGCACCUUAGCAGAGAAAUCAAGGCAGAAUAGUGGGACACAAAGAGAUGGGUAAGGGCCAGGAAGGGGGACCCAGGGAACUGUAAAAGUCCAGAAAUGGCACCUGGUCAACCUUGUAGGUUCAGGGUAAGCCUCUAAAGGGCCAACAAGGAUUUUCAAUGGAAGGAUAGACAGUGUUGUGAGGGAGAGUUGCAGGCAAUAUGUAAGAGCCUCAAAGAGUAGGGUUGAGAGCUCUUAGAGUAGAGAUCUGGGGCCCUGUUCACCCUUGAAACUGGAGCCAUCAGCAGAAGUCAAACCCUAUGGAGCCUUAUGCAACUUGGUGGGGUGUUUGCAUUCUGUCUAGAAGCAGUAGGAAGCCACAGAAGGGUUUUAAGCAGAGGAAAAAAUGAUCAGAUUUGUGAUUCAGAAAGGUUUAUUAGAUUUUUGGAGAAGCUGAGGCUAUAAGCUGAGAGAUGAGGAAGUGGAGGCUAUAGGUAAGAGAGGAGAUGAGGCCAUGAGGAUGGGGGAGGACCCAGUGAGUUGGAGAAUGAUGUAGAAGGAAAAAUGAAUUUUUACUUGGUUGUAUGUUGGCUGUGUGGAGGCAAGGGGGAGAGGGUGGGAUCCAAUGUGGAGGAUAGAUGGAAAUGUCAUUUACUGUUUUGGAGACACAGAUCAGGAGCAGGUUUGAGGCACAUAAUGACCUCAGCUUUGGACAUGGUGAACUAGGCACAGUUCUUGUUCUUAGGGACUUCUUAGUGGAAGAGCAGACCUGAAUAAAUUAAAGUCUUCAAGGA